AUGGAACUGUGCGUUGCGUGGCCAAAUGCCAUCGCGGCUCACAUGGAGGUGUGCCGUGUUUGCCGUAGCGAGUUGGCUCCUGCGCAUACACCGUCACUGCUUUCGGCGACCCCAGGUGCGGGUGAAACCGACGAGCCCUCUUGGCAACUCAAACACCUCACGCGGGAGGAAGCACUGUUGGUGCUGUUAGCGGACGAGAUUGAGGCGACAGCCGCGACGCAAGACGACUUUCUCACGCGGUGGGGCGUCCACAAUGUGUGGGACUACGCCAGGGCGCUGCAGGGUCGCAGUUGGUGGGUGAGGGGGGGUAUUGUGGCCGUGCUCCCUUCUGAGGCUGCCACCGGGCUUGUUGAACCCUUUCUGAUGCUGGAGCUGUCGCGGAUGGAGAAUAGGUGCCUCCCGCUGCCCUGCCAUCCUGAGAGUUGCUGUGACCCGAGCCAAACAGUUGAGAAGGCGUUAACGCACGCCAUCCUGGAAAGGAAACUCUCACAGAGCGUGAGGGCGUACCUUCGCAAGGAGGUCGCGGGGCGAAUAGAGUCCCGCGCAUUGCAUCGAAUGACUGCGGUGGUGCCACCCGCGAUGGCGCUGUUUCUCAGGGGUGCGCCGUCCGCUGUGUUGCACGAUUGUCUUCUUUACCACACCGUCGACUGUCCACUCUUCGCGGUGGAGGGCGGCAGCUGCGACGCGGCGCAAAGCUCCGCAGAUCGAGCCACCUGCCUAGUUGCCCCAGCGGCUAGUCCGACUGCGUUCGUGCCGCCAGUGAAGCCAGGUCUAUCGUCGGCAGACCUGCUGGAGCGGCAAUGUCGUGUCGCUCAUGACGAGACAUCGCGUCUGACUGAGCUGUUUCGCGAGUACGACCUGCUGCUUUCCGGAGGCGGGUAUGUGCGAGCGCCGCUUGCGCCAGUUUCCCGCUACGUUUUUACGCAGCUGCUGUGUCAGUCGGAGCUUCCGUCCGAGCUAAUGCUCGCGUUCAUGCAGCAGCAUUCGGAUGUCACACGCCGUGCAUGCGACAUGGGCCAUCGCAUCGACACAGUUGCUGUGUCGAGCAGAGCUCCCCCACCCAGCGAGGAGGUGGUGCUGGGGAUGAAGGUGACCUGGGCGGUGGAGCGCUGGACGGCCGCGCUACGAAGAGGCUCUGCGGCUGCGCCCCUUGUAGCCCUACCUAUGUGGAAUGAAGAGCAAAGUCUGCGUAAAGAUGGACUAUGCAAAUGGGUUCACGAGCGCAUGCGAAACGCCAAGCGCGAGGCUGCCGAGGUGUACUCUCUUAAAGACGCUGCCGAUACACGUGCCACAGGCAGAGAAGAGGAUGGCGUCGCGUCGACGACGUCGGCGCUCCCGGCUGCGAGCGGUGACACAGCCGAACCCCUGCGGCGCUGCCGAGCUGCCGCAUUGGAGCAGCUGGAGCGGAGACUCUUCGCGCCGUUUCCAUCCUCCUACCGUGGCUCGUCGACUGAGUGGCUUGGGCAAGCUCUCCGCGACGCCGCUAGAGAGCAAACGGACGCAGCAUCGAACAUGGCACAGCGCGACGAUGUGCGCGCAUCCUGGGCGGGGCCCCCCUCAGCGACACGCAGAGCUGCUUCACCCAACGUGCUCGACAACUCGUCUAGUGAACGUGACUCAGACUCAACGUCGGAGGAUGGCUCAGAUGGUACAGGAGGCGUUGGCACCCCCACAGCGCAGGAGACGGAGAGCCUACUUGCACAGCUAACAGAGUUGGAGGUGGUACUUCAAAAGGAGCUGGCAAGCCGGACAGCAGUCCCUCUCGCACGCGGAGGCGACAAUCGGACAGCUGACUCGCACCGCAGCGUCGGUGAUGCUCUUGCCGGCGACCAAGAGAUGGAUGUGACGCCAUGGCUUACCGCCGUAGAUAUGCAGCAGGUAACCCGGAACGAGCUUUUCUUGCAUCACGUGCAGCUCCUCGAAACUGAGAUGGAGCAGGACCAGUAG